GCAAGGUUCAAGUCCCAGGUGGCGCGAGGUUCCAGUUCGGCUGCUGCUGCUGCUGCUGCGCACGCCAGGGAUAUAGGAGCACCGGGGUGGCUGUGAGAGGCUCCAACAGAUCUCCAGGAAAAUCAGAGAUCUCUGUCCAGAAAAAUGCAGUGCUAGGAACCGCUAAGAUCCCGUGCAAAACCUUCAAACUUACCAGGCCUCCGAUCAAGGAUCCACGAUUGAAGAAGACAAAGGCCACUCAAAGGGAGUGGGUGUCGUCGUAACUUCUUCCCCAACUUUCUGCUGAGUUCACUUCUCCAUUUCCCUCAACGGCUGGAGUUUGCGAAACUGGCUGGUGGUUGGACUUUUUCCCGCUGCCGCCUCUUUUGAUCUCGCCACGCCCGAUGCCGUGAUGUGCGAUCCUGGCCCCUAGACGGCGGUCUCAAGGAAUGAUGAGGCAAAUUUCUUGGCUGGGCCUUAUGCAAACUCUCUGGGUCCUAUGUGCGGCCUUCCUGCUGGUCGGGGGGACGGAUGCGGUAGGGCCUUCCGCUGGACGAUGGAACGCCAAGCUCCCAGCAUCCUUCUCUGCAGAUGGUCAUGAGCGAAUUUCUCGAACCCAGAGCUCAAACAUGGACUGCAGAGAAGUGGGAAAACAGAAUCAGUCGGACCGUUGUUCCUUCAUCCGGCAUAACCCGAACUGCAAGAUGGACAGUGGCUUCCUCAACUACCUCAACGGAGUUUUCUGCAUCUUCCCGGCGGCUCUGCAACCUUUGGCCAUAACCCUCUAUGUCAUUUGGCUUUUCUACCUCUUCGUUAUCCUUGGGGUCACGGCUGAGAAAUUCUUCUGCCCUAACUUAUCGGCCAUCUCCACCAAGCUGCGUCUGGCUCAUAAUGUGGCAGGUGUCACCUUUCUGGCUUUUGGAAACGGAGCACCUGAUAUCUUCAGCGCCGUGGUUGCGUUCUCUGAUCCCCGGACGGCUGGGCUAGCCAUCGGAGCUCUCUUUGGUGCUGGCAUCUUCGUCACCACGAUAGUCGCUGGUGGCAUCGCCCUUGUUAGGCCUUUCACUGCCGCUUCUCGUCCCUUCCUGCGGGAUGCCAUCUUCUACAUGGUUGCAGUGUUCCUGACUUUUGUGGCUCUCUAUUUUGAACAGGUCACCUUGGCCGAAGCUCUGAGUUUCCUUGGACUUUACAUCUUCUAUGUCUUGACCGUGGUGGUUUCAACUUGGCUUCAUAAGAGACAGCGCAGGGAAAGAUCGGCCCCAUCCAGCCAUCCAGAACCAGAGCUUUCAACGGAUUCUGAAGAAGGUGACAAUGCAAAUGUGAAUGGGGAGGAAGAAUAUCAACCGCUGUUGCCCGUGGAGGAGACGACGUUCCGCAUUCUGACUCAGUCCAUCAACCCUCUGGAUUAUAGGAAGUGGAGGAGGAAGCCUUGCUAUUGGAAACUGCUCAAGGCGUGCAAGCUUCCUGUCGAGCUGAUCCUUUUACUGACCGUACCUAUCGUUGACCCUGACCGGGACGAUCAAAACUGGAAAAGGCCUCUGAAUUGUCUGCAUCUGAUCACCGGCCCUCUCAUCUGCAUUCUCGCCCUGAAAUCUGGAACCUAUGGUCUUUACAAGCUCCAGGGAGUCUUCCCAGUUUGGGGUCUCGUGGUCCUGGUGGGAGCUACUUUGGCGGCUAUUCUCUUUUGCGUCACCAGGAAUGAAGAACCGCCCAGGUGCCACUUUCUGUUUGCCUUCCUGGGCUUCUUUGUCAGUGCCAUGUGGAUCAAUGCGGCGGCCACGGAAGUGGUGAACAUCCUCCAGACCUUGGGUAUCAUCUUCCACCUGAGCAACACAGUCUUGGGCUUAACGCUGCUCGCCUGGGGAAACAGCAUCGGGGACAUGUUCUCCGACCUAACGAUGGCACGACAAGGUUAUCCCAGGAUGGCUUUUUCAGCCUGUUUCGGGGGUAUCAUCUUCAAUAUGCUUGUCGGCGUCGGGCUGGGCUGCCUUUUGCAAAUGUCGAGCAACAAAUGGGUAGUGAGGCUCGAGCCGGACGACCUCUUGGUAUGGAUUCUAGCAGGUGCCCUGGGCCUCAGCCUAGUCAUUUCUUUCCUUUCAGUGCCCGCCCAGUGCUUCCAUCUGGGCCCAAUGUAUGGCUAUUGCCUCAUAGCCUACUAUGUGGUCUUUCUAACCAUCGCGCUGCUAACUGAGUUUGGGGUGAUCCGAAUUUCCACCUUCUGAAUGAAAGCGUCUCCUCCGAAGUUCUCACCCACAUCUCCCAAAGUUGGACUUGCCCUCGACCCUGUGAUUUACUUGAAGACGGUGCCUUUGGGGACAAAGACUUGCUGGCGAUGUCUAAAAUAGGACCCGGUACCCAGGUUGGAUGCUGGUCAUGGCGCAAAGGAUGAACGGUGAAAACUGGACACCAUGGCUGUGGCUGACAUGCAUCAACCCAGCUGUUCCACAUCCUUUUGAUGCGAUUUGGGGAUUUUAGAACCAAAUCUAGGAUUACAGGACAUGUGGGACAUUGUUUGUCCCAACGCCUCAACCCGCCACCCCCAUCACCCCCAGCUUUUCCAAGGGAAACUCCUUGUUUAGAUCGCAAUUUUUUUUUAAAGGUAUCCUUUUAAAGAAACGAGUUUUGUUAGAAGUUUUUUUUUUUUUUUUUGGUUCCUGAAUUGAAGCUUGAAUAUAUCCCUCAGGUAUGUACACAAUUUUUCAUCCGUUGUGACCUCUGUUUGGUAGCAGGGUGUCUCCGUGAUUCAUUCA